AGAGGCGUAGAAGCAAUCUGCAAUCAGAAAUAAGAGUUCCAAGUGAGUGCAAAGUAGUAUCAGUAAACUCAAUAAGUAAAACAGCAAUUUUUGAGUCAGUUUCCACAAUAAUUUUAGAGAUUCCUUUCCCAGCAGCAAUUUCCAAGCCAUCUCUGAUAGCCCAUAAUAAUCAUCAUCUAGUUCCGUUCCUUUUGGGUCACUCAGACAGAGCGAAGCAGAAACACUGACUCUUAACAUUAAUUCCGAAAGAGAUGAGUGGGGAAGGGAAGGUAGUCUGCGUCACCGGAGCAUCGGGAUUCAUAGCAUCUUGGCUCGUAAAGCUUCUGCUCGAACAUGGGUACACCGUUAAAGCCAGUGUUCGUGACCCAAGGCUAAAACUAGUAGUAUAUGUUUAUUAUUAUCAGUUUUGGUAUGACCUUUCAAAGACAUUAGCUGAAGAGGCUGCUUGGAAGUUUGCAAAGGAGAACAGGCUUGAUUUGGUUACAAUAAAUCCAGGAUUUGUGAUUGGUCCUAUUCUACAGCCAACCCUUAAUUUCACUGUGGAGCUCAUAUUGAACAUUGUCACUGGACGGGAACUCCCACCAUAUGGUGUAUUUGUGGAUGUUCGAGAUGUUGCACAUGCUCAUAUUCAAGCAUUUGAGAUUCCUUCAGCUACUGGCAGAUACUGCAUGGCUGAAAGCACCGUAGAUGUUACUGAGUUAUGGAAGAUCUUGCAUCGACUUUUCCCUGUAUUCCACCUCAAUGAAAAAUUUGAGGAUAAACCUAUUCAGAAAGUGUUCCAAAUAUCCAAUGAGAAAAUUAAGAGCUUGGGUGUCAACUUCAUACCUUUGGAGGUGAGUCUCAAAGAUACUGUUGAAUGCUUGAAGGAGAAUGGUUUCAUUACCUUUUGAAUCUCAACUGUUGACUUUAUUGUUAUCAACUUCCCUUUUCCCCCCUUCAUUCAGUAUUUAUUAGUUUUUCAAUAAAAAUCAUAUGGUUGUACCAAGAAAAUGGAUAUCAUUCU